AUGGCGUGCCUCGGUGGUAGUCUGGCGCUGUGCGGGGCCGUGGCCCUAGCGCUGUGUGUCCUGCAUGUGAAGGGAUACCGGGACGCGUUCGGGGUGGCCUUCAAGUACCACGACUACGACACCAUGACGGCGGUCCUCAUCAAUGCCACGAGACAUCGGCCGGACCUAGCUACGCUAUACUCCCUCGGGAAAUCUGGACAGGGUCGUGACUUGUGGGUAAUACUGCUGUCUUCACAAUCAAGCAAUAACAAGCUCAUGAAGCCUUCUAUGAAGUACGUAGCAAACAUGCACGGUAACGAGAUGGUCGGCAAAGAGCUCAUGCUGCACUUGAUAGCCCACCUCAUCAACGGCUACGACACGGACCCUAGGAUCAACUGGCUCCUGGAUAACACCAAUAUCCAUAUCAUGCCCAGCAUGAACCCAGACGGCAUGUCCAUCUCCAGAGAAGGACAGUGCGUGGGACUGCGGGGAAGGUACAACAGCGCCGGAGUGGACUUGAACCGCAACUUUCCUGACUUGAGCCUGCAGGACAACCACUACCUGGAGCCGGAGACGCAGGCGGUUCGCAAAUGGAUAGACAGCAUUCCGUUUGUGCUCUCCGGAAACUUGCACGGAGGGGCGAUGCUCGUUCGCUAUCCUUACGACGCGGCAUACGGCCAAGGGACAUCAGCAUCGAAGACGCCGGAUGAUGACGUCUUCCAACACUUGUCAAGGACGUAUUCCUUGAACCACCCAACGAUGAGAAGAUUCUCAUGUGAGAGACAGCAAUAUCAGGAUGGCAUCGUCAACGGAGCGAAAUGGUACCCGUUCAAAGGCAGCAUGCCGGAUUAUACUUAUAUUCAGGGCGGAUGCAUGGAAGUCACGCUAGAACUGUCAUGCUGCAAGUACCCUUUGGCUUAUCAGCUCCGCAGAUUCUGGCUUGACAAUGUCAAGUCCCUCUUGAGGCUACUCGAAGAAUCACAUAGAGGUGUUCGGGGUAUUAUUCUGGAUGACGCGGGAUACCCGGUGAAGAACGCACGCCUCAUGAUCAAGGGGCGCUACAUGCCGUUCCGAACCAGUGAUCGAGGAGAGUACUGGAGGAUUCUGCUGCCGGGAAGGUACACUCUCAUGGCCUCGUCCCCAGAACACAAUGACCUCGAAGUUCCGAUGGAAGUCGUGGAAGGUCAAACGACCAUAGUGAACAUGACACUUAUUCGCAAGUCUCGAUCCUACUACCCAGCUCUUGACGACAGCCAGUUACAGAAAACGGUCGGCAGUUACUCCAACUACAUCAAGCCAAACAUCGACGAGGACACGACGGAUAAUUCGAACUAUCUGUCACCGGACAACGCCAACGGUUUCGAGCGCUUGUCUUCUUACAAGUUACCUGGUUCCCAGAGCGUCAAAGAAAAAGAUUCGUCCCAGUCCGUCGCAGGCUACUACCAAGCUCUUUACGAAGCGAUUCGCAAGCUUACGACCAGAGAUCCAAAGAUAUUCCAACAAAACAACGGAUUCUCUGGAGCGCCGUACGACCUAUCGGGCUUUCAAGACCUGCCAGAAAGACGAAUGUUUACGGCGGCUUCUCAGCAACCUGGAACCGCAACCGCGUUGCAGCGCCGAACAUCGCUAACGGACGAACCCGAGCUAUUUGAGGACACUCAACUCGAAUAUCCCGUAAAUAACACAUAUGCUCCUACGACGGAAUUUUGUACCCGACACUUCAGACGGAACGCACUGUUUUCGGUACCGGUCGAACUCGCUGGACAACGGCACGCCCAACAGAAACGACACUCAGAACCGGCGCUAUUUAUGUUACCGAUGAUGGCGAAACGCAGACUCCUAGGCCCACUAUAA